GCUCACGGGCACCGUUUCCCCCCGUGUCCCUGUCAGACUCGCGUCCGGGGAGGGUCUUGGGUGGGUUCUCCGGUCUGCAGAGUCGAGGGUAGGCCCGGCCCGGGAGAUACGUUGGCUCCAUCCUCCGCCGGCCUCCUCUCCUCAGUUGCGAGGUCCAGGGAACCCCCGAGCCGGUGGGAACUGAGCUCUCGGGCUCGAGUCCUAGUCUUCACUUUGUGUCAGACCCUGCGGGGACUGGAGAAGAAGGGAUCUGGGUGGAGGCACUCGGCCCCAGCCCCCUGUCCGGCCGGGGAGACCCCGGAACCCUAUCGAGAAGACAGGUCACUUCCUGCUUCCUGGCCCUACGGUGGCUUCUCGGCCAGGACUGCGGAGACGCCUCCUGUUUCUUCGCCUCCGACCCAAAGGGUGGAAACCGAGGCAGAUCGGGGGUGGGGCGGUCCCAUGGGGAUCGAAGAGGGAGAACUGCUGUUCGUGACAAAACCAAACUUGUUUGGGGUGGGAGGAUGAGGACUGGGGGCGUUAGCUCGAGUUGUCCCUUAGUCAGAAAGCCAGCCCCACUGAACAGAGCGGAGCCUUGGUCGGGAGCCCUCCGUAGCCCAAGAGAUCGACGCCUGUCGUUCUGAAUAGUCACAAGCGGAGCCGAGGUGCCGGGGUGAAGAGUAAGAAAAUUGAAGUCAGAGACCAUGGGAGAUGCCGCAAAACCUUAUUUUGUGAGGCGUGCUAAAGAGCGAGGGACUACAGAUGAUGAGGAUUUCAGAAGGGGUCACCCCCAACAAGAUUAUUUAAUAAUGGAUGAUUAUGCUAAAGGCCAUAGCAGUAAAAUGGAAAAAGGCCUUCCAAAAAAAAGAGGAACACCAGGGAACUAUGGGAAUACCCCCAGAAAAGGACCAUAUGCUGUUUCUAGCAAUCCAUAUGCAUUUAAGAACCCUAUUUACAGUCAACCCGCUUGGAUAAAUGACAACCACAAAGAUCAGAGUAAAAGAUGGCUAUCUGAUGAACUUGCUGGUAAUUCAGACAGUUGGAGAGAAUUCAAACCUGGACCUAGAAUUCCUGUUACAAACAGACCAAGAAAAGACUCUUUUCAAGAAAGUGAAGAUGGGUAUAGGUGGCAAGAUGGAAGAGGGUGCAGAACUGUAAGACGACUAUUUCAUAAAGACCUGACAAGCCUCGAAACUAUGUCAGAAAUGGAAGCAGGAAGCCCUGAAAACAAGAAGCAGAGGUCCAGACCUAGGAAGCCAAGGAGGACUAGAAAUGAGGAAAAUGAACAGGAUGGAGACUUGGAAGGCCCUGUGAUUGAUGAGUCUGUGCUUUCAACUAAGGAGCUGCUGGGCUUGCAGCAGGCUGAGGAGCGAUUGAGAAGAGACUGCGUCGACAGGCUGCAAAGGCGACCGAGAAACUACCCUACAGCAAAGUACACCUGCAAACUUUGUGAUGUUUUAAUUGAAUCCAUUGCAUUUGCUCAUAAGCAUAUCAAAGAGAAGAGGCACAAGAAAAACAUUAAGGAGAAGCAGGAGGAAGAGUUGCUCACCACGUUACCCCCGCCUACACCCUCCCAGAUAAAUGCGAUUGGUAUUGCCAUUGACAGAGUGGUACAGGAGUUUGGCUUACACAAUGAGAACUUGGAACAGAGACUAGAAGUUAAACGUAUCAUGGAAAGUGUGUUCCAACACAAGUUACCAGAUUGUUCUCUGAGAUUAUAUGGGUCAUCCUGUAGCAGAUUGGGUUUCAAAAAUUCAGAUAUAAACAUUGACAUUCAAUUUCCAGCCAUUAUGUCUCAGCCAGAUGUUCUCUUACUUGUCCAAGAAUGUUUAAAGAACAGUGACUCUUUUAUUGAUGUUGAUGCAGAUUUCCACGCUAGGGUGCCAGUGGUGGUGUGCAGAGAAAAGCAAAGUGGUCUUCUUUGUAAAGUGAGUGCAGGAAAUGAAAAUGCUUGUCUGACAACAAAUCAUUUAACUGCCCUUGGAAAACUAGAAUCAAAGCUGGUUCCUUUGGUGAUUGCAUUUAGGUACUGGGCAAAGCUUUGCAGUAUAGAUCGCCCUGAAGAAGGAGGUUUGCCACCUUAUGUGUUUGCCCUGAUGGCCAUUUUCUUUCUUCAACAGAGGAAAGAACCCCUUCUGCCUGUUUAUCUAGGAUCAUGGAUUGAAGGAUUCUCGUUAAACAAACUGGGGAAUUUCAACCUUAAAGAAAUUCAGAAAGACUCUGUGGUCUGGGAGUACACUGAUAACGCUGCAGGGGACGCAGCCUCAGCAAAAGAAGAGGCACCAAAAGAAAUGCCCUUUAAAAGGGGACAGGUAUCAUUAAUAUUUGAUUUAAAACACCAGCCUUCAGUACCAGUUGGGCAGCUCUGGGUGGAAUUGCUUCGAUUCUAUGCUUUAGAAUUUAAUUUGGCUGAUUUAGUGAUAAGCAUCCGUGUCAAAGAAUCGGUAUCUCGUGAAUCAAAGGAUUGGCCCAAAAAGCGCAUUGCCAUUGAAGAUCCCUACUCUGUUAAAAGAAAUGUGGCAAGGACCCUAAAUAAUCAACCUGUGUUUGAAUAUAUACUUCAUUGUUUAAGGACAACGUAUAAAUAUUUUGCUCUUCCACACAAAGUUACAAAAUCCAGCCUUCCAAAGCCUCUGAGUACUGAUACCUGUACUUCCAAACAUUCUAAAGAAGUAGCAAAACGUGAUCCAGAUGUACAAGCAGAAGGUGAUAAACUCAAAACCUCAGUUUUGGCUCAAGGUCCUGGUGCCGCCAGUUUAACUGCAAGCACCUGCAAGGUACAGUCACUGACUCUUAAAGAGACCGCUGAAAGCUUUGAAAGCCCAUCAACAGGGGAAAUGGGAAACACACACAUCAGUGUCCACCUGGAAAACUCAGACUGUAUCAAGGCAGAGGUCACUUGUGAUGACUCUGAGCAUGUUAAAGUACAUCAUCAAGAAACAGGAAGUAAAGAUGAGAAAGAAAAAUGUGGACUGGAGGGCAAGCAUCCUUUGACUGCUGGUGAUCAAGCUUUAAGUAGUAGCAGAUGUGGAGAGCUUGUCAUCUGCGGCCGCCCAGGAAAUAAUGAGACUGAUGGCACUUUGGAUUUAAAAGGCUUCGAAAAUCCUACAGCUAAAGAGUCUGACGAAUUUGCUAUUGUAGCUGACAAGGCUGAUGUUGAUGAAGAAAGCAUUGAAGGUACAGAUGAACUUGGAGAUGCUCUAAGCCACUUUACCCCUUCAAGAAAGGGCCAGACAUUAGGAGUCAUUCACUCUGAUGAAGAAGAGGAGGAGGAAGAGGAGGAGGAGGAAGAACCCAGGCUCUCCAUUUCCCGAAGGGAAGAUGAGGGUGACGUGGCUAAUGAAGAUGAGUUAGACAACACCUACACUGGAUCAGGGGAUGAGGAUGCCCUGUCUGAAGAGGACGAGGAAUUUGGUGGAUCUGCUAAGCGUGAAGACUUGAAAGAAUGUGGAAAACACCAGGUGGAUGGAAAUCUACUAAUGGAACUUAAUAAAAUCAGUCUUAAAGAAGAAAAUGUAUGUGAGGAAAAUUCAACUGCGGAUCACUCUGAUUUCUUCUAUGAAUUUAGUAAACUCACCUUCACCAAAGGCAAGUCUCCUACAGUAGUAUGCAGUUUAUGCAAACGAGAGGGUCAUCUAAAGAAGGACUGUCCUGAAGACUUCAAAAGAAUCCAGCUGGAACCUUUGCCACCAUUAACACCCAAAUUUUCAAAUAUCUUAGAUCAAGUUUGCAUUCAGUGUUAUAAGGAUUUUUCUCCAACUAUUUUAGAAGAUCAAGCACGUGAACAUAUUCGGCAAAACCUAGAAAGUUUCAUAAGACAAGAGUUUCCAGGAACUAAACUGAGCUUGUUUGGCUCCUCCAAAAAUGGAUUUGGGUUCAAACAGAGUGACCUUGACGUCUGUAUGACAAUUAAUGGACUUGAAACUGCUGAGGGCUUGGACUGUGUAAGAACUAUUGAAGAAUUGGCAAGAGUCCUCAAAAAACAUUCAGGGCUGAGAAACAUCUUGCCUAUUACAACAGCAAAGGUGCCAAUUGUAAAGUUCUUCCAUUUGAGAAGUGGUCUGGAAGUGGACAUCAGUUUGUAUAACACAUUGGCCCUUCAUAACACAAGGCUCUUAUCUGCUUAUUCAGCCAUUGAUCCCAGAGUGAAAUAUUUGUGCUAUACCAUGAAAGUAUUUACAAAGAUGUGCGAUAUUGGCGAUGCUUCUAGAGGCAGCUUAUCGUCAUAUGCAUACACGCUUAUGGUGCUAUAUUUUCUCCAGCAGAGGAACCCACCAGUCAUUCCUGUCCUUCAAGAGAUAUACAAAGGUGAAAAGAAACCUGAAAUAUUUGUUGAUGGCUGGAAUAUUUAUUUUUUUGAUCAAAUAGAUGAACUGCCCACCUAUUGGCCAGAAUAUGGAAAAAAUACAGAAUCUGUUGGGCAGCUAUGGUUGGGACUUCUUCGUUUCUACACAGAGGAAUUUGAUUUUAAAGAACAUGUUAUUAGCAUCAGGAGAAAAAGUCUGCUUACAACUUUUAAGAAACAGUGGACAUCAAAAUACAUUGUUAUUGAAGAUCCAUUUGAUUUGAAUCAUAACCUUGGAGCUGGAUUAUCAAGGAAAAUGACAAAUUUUAUAAUGAAAGCAUUUAUAAAUGGGAGAAGAGUAUUUGGUAUUCCAGUCAAAGGAUUUCCAAAGGACUACCCCUCAAAAAUGGAGUACUUUUUUGAUCCAGAUGUGCUAACUGAAGGUGAGCUGGCCCCAAAUGAUAGAUGUUGCCGAAUAUGUGGGAAAAUUGGACACUUCAUGAAGGACUGUCCUAUGAGGAGAAGAGUGAGGCGACGGCGAGAUCAGGAAGAUACUCUGAACCAAAGAUACCCCGAGAACAAAGAGAAAAGAAGCAAAGAAGACAAAGAAAUUCAAAACAAGUACACAGAGAGGGAGGUAUCAACAAAAGAAGAUAAGCCCAUGCAGUGCACACUUCAGAAAGCCAAGCCAGUGAGGGCAGCUGUUGACCUGGGGAGAGAGAAAAUUCUCAGGCCACCAGUGGAAAAAUGGAAGAGACAAGAUGACAAAGACUUAAGAGAAAAACGUUGUUUUAUUUGUGGAAGAGAAGGGCAUAUUAAAAAGGAAUGCCCACAGUUUAAAGGCACUUCAGAUCUAUUUACUGGAAAAGAUUUUGUUUUUAAGAAGGUGAACCCACCUCUCCUGCCUUUACUUCUGACCCUCUAUAUGUCUUGAACACUUACUGCUGGUUUUUUGAGAGGCUUAUCAGAGUCAUUCGGUUGACUUUUCUGAUAAGAUUAUCAGUGAAUUGAAGACCUGGUAAUCCCCAGUACCUAAAAAAAUACAACCUAAGCGACCAGAAAACAAGCUGCCACUUGAGCCUUGCUACUCAGUGUGUGUGCUUCUGAAAUGGAAGCAGUGCCGGGCCAUGGGGGAGUGACCUCAGGACACCACACAGUGCGUGCAGGAGCUGCUUGUAUUGUUGUUUAAAUACAUGGGCGCACAGGCCUAGCAAGGGGACUAGAAGUAGAAGGGUUAUGCAGUUAAUGGUGCCUCUACCUGCAGAGGAUUGUCUGCAUUUCAUCAUUUUAAUAAUUUUCUGCAAUGAGCAUGAUUAUUCUUAUGACGAGGAAAAAUAUGUGGAUACUAUCAAUCAGUCCAUAGUUGAAAAUCAUCCAUAGAUCUUGCCCCUUUGAGUUGUCAGAUCUUAAUCCACUUUUUCUAUUAAAUGGGUGAAGUGUCCGUUAUGGGCAUCUUUUUAACAGACUAUUAAGAGUAAGGGUUCUUUGUGUGGGGGGGAUAAGUUAUGGUUUACAAAGCAGUUUAUACACUCUCACUUUCUUUUCUCAGAACAACCCUGUGAAAGUGGAUGAAAUUUGAUAAGCAUGGAAAUGAAACCCUGAGAAAUAAUGUUUUUGAUUAAAGUGGUAACCCUCUUCCUGUCCUCAGUUGUAAAUGUUUAUGUGCAGCAUAAAGAAAUGUCAGCACUGACAGCUUCCUUAAAGUACUCACGCUAGUCCUUGUCGUUCCUGCAACACUAAUACCUCUCUUCCAUUGUAUGAUAUCAUAUCAGCAAUAUAGUAUCUCUUUUUUUUAAGGUAGAAAAUUUUUAGAUCAGCUAUCCUUAUUUUUUUUUAAAUGAGCUUAUAUGAAAAGAAGUAUAUUUUUCAAUUGUUUUCAUUAUUGAUUUUAAAAUAGGACUUAAAUGUUUAUGAAAGUUACAGCUUCAGCUUGUCCUAAUUCUAAGGAAUUCAAAUUCAAACAUUUUUGCCCUAACAAGGGACAUAUAGCAGAAUAAAAUGAUCUUCUUUUAUAAUUAUAAGAGGUAAAAUGUUUAAAAGAAAUUAAAAGCAAUAGCUAACAUUCAUUGAGCACUUAUGAUGGGUAAUUUCAUCUCAUUUUCACCACAGCCCCAUUAAAUGUGGUAUUAUUGAUGUCUCCAGUUUACAGAUGAGGAAACUGUAAACAGUAUAGAUAAGAUGUAAUACAGUCUCACCAAAAUUCCUUUUGUAGGCUAACCUUCAGAAAACUCAGGUUUUGUGUUUACUCAGAGCAGGAGCAUUGCGUUCCUCUUCGGUACAACAAAGUGGUGAAGGAAUGCCCCUGUCCUCCCUCAGCUUGGAUGGAUCUCUUCUUUCUAGCUAGUAGCAAGUUUUAAGUUGCCUACUAGUGAAGCUCUCAAAAUAGUUAGAGCAGGGAAUUCCCUGGCCGUCCAGUGGUUGGGACUCGGGGCGCUUUCACUGCUGUGGGCCAAUCUGUGGUCAGGGAACUAAGAUCUGACCAAAAUUAAAAAAAAAAAAAUAGAGUGGUGAUUCUGGCUGCCUACGGGGCAGUAGCAAAUCAAAGAGAGAUGGGAUAUCCUGGGGCAGGGAUGGGGUAUUAUCAAAGCUACGGAAAGCACUAGAAUCUUGGUUUCUUUAGACUGCAGUGUUUUCACAUUAAAUCAAGUAGUCAUAAUAUGAAAGUAAAAUAAAAAGGGGAGGAAUGGGGCUAGAGUAUGGUGAAUUUCCUCCAAGAGCAAAAUUAAAAAUAAUCAGCUUCUUUCUGUCUGAAAAUUAUGUUGCUCCCACUCAUUUCUUCCAGUACGUUAUGGUUUUGUCCACACAGUAUACUGAGUAGAGUUUCUGUCAUAUCAACAGAAAAUCUUUCUGUGAAAGUUUGAAACAGGGCUGCUACUUUCAAUUUAAAGUAGGAACAAAAAGUGCUGAUUUCUU